AUGUCUCUUUCUGAAGUACUACAUCUAGUAGAAUACAGUUACUUAUACCAAUCAAUCGAUGAUACCGUAAAGGCAAAAAAGGGUUGUCUUCAAGCCAUCAAAAUUCUAAACACCUUAGCAAAAUCUGACAACAGCACACAGCCACACAUAAAAGAGGUAUCCCAAUUUGUCCUAAAUCUUUAUGAUCAAAUAGAUAAGCAGCCAUUAAAUACAUCGGGAAAACUAUCAUGGAUGAGUUCGAAACUAUCUGAAACAGGAACAUGUCCUCCUGUGAUUUCAUUUUCACCAAACUUGAAUUCACACAACCAGAUAUUCUUUUCUGAAGAUCAAGCUUUCCAAGAUGAAGACAAAUCAAUUCAAAAAGUUCCUGAGAAUGUCCAAUGGGAAUCAGUCAUGGUAGAUGAUUGGAGUUCAGAAUCUCUGGAUUUGACCAGUCUUUAUCAGGACAUUCUUCCUAAUUGCUCAUUUGUUUCCUCAUUCCUUGCCAUUAUAGAGAGCCAAACAAUUCCUAUAAUUCAACUGAUAUCACCACAUCGACCCAGCACCCAAUACAAAGUCCAAUUAAUGUUCAAUGGUACAUUUAGAAAUGUGACUAUUGACAAUCGACUUCCUUAUUUGAGCAAUGAUCGGAGUAGAAAUCUUUUCAUUAGUUCAUUUAAAGAUCCCCGAUUAUUAUGGCCAGCAUUGAUUGAAAAGGCGUAUCUAAAGGUCAUGGGAGAUGGGUAUAACUUCAAUGGUUCAAAUAUGGCCAAUGACACCUGUUUAUUAACAGGAUGGUUACCUCAAAUUAUAAAAAUUGAGAAUGGGCAGCUUCCAACGGAGUUCUCCAGAUUAUGGGAAUUACAUCGUCAGGGCAAAGUAUUAUUGGGGAUUGGUACUGGUAAAUUAAGUAAACAAAUCGGGUUACACUUGAAUUUAAUUACAGAUCAUGAUUAUGUUAUUGAUAAUUUUAGGAUGGAAGGAAAUAAGAAAAUCAUUACAAUUAAGAACCCAUGGAUUAGUAAAUCAUUGGAUUGUCGAUUAAUUUCCGUGGAUGAAUUUACCUAUUUCAAAUAUUUGUACGUCAAUUGGAAACCCGAGUUUAAGUAUACUCAAAAUCAUAAUUUCCUUUAUUCUCCAAAGGAAUUUAUCUUCAAUGAACCUCAAUUCACGUUUUCAAACGAUACAGCUCAAUUGCAAGAAGUAUGGUUAUUACUUGAACGUCAUUUGCCUACAGAUCUGCAGUGGAUGAAUAUGCAAAUAUUUGAAACGGGGUCAAAAGUUCUUACACAAACUCAAUUUAAGAAAUUAGGCCUUGAUCUGGGGACUAAUAACCGAAUACAACUUAUUAAAUUAAACAUGAAACCAAAUCAGUCUUAUACUGCCGUGAUUUCUUGUGGUAAAUCUUGCAAACUCACUUUAUCGAUGUUUAACAAUAUUGGACCCGGCUUCAAAUUCAAUAAGCUGAAAUGGAUGUACGUUUUCACAUUGCCUCCAAUUGAUGGCGAAUGGACUGACAGAACAAACGGUGGCAAUUGGUCCAUUUCCACAUUCAUUGACAAUCCACAAUAUGAUCUAAUAGUUAAAAAGGACACCAAAUUAAUCGUUGUCGUGUAUGGAGAUACUCAAGUCAAUACUUAUUUACUUCAAAGCGAUAAUUCGAAACUAGGAGAACGAGUUCAUAAAUUUGACAAGUCAAAAUUAUUAAACAAUGAACAUUACAACACCUUCUUUCAAUUGAACAAUUAUACAUUAGCACCAGGUAACUAUAAAUUAAUUGUUUCAGCCUACGAUAAAUACAUUGGUAAAUACAAACUACUACUUAAUUCGACUUCUGAAGUCCAGCUUGACAAAACUCCCUUUAGUUGGGGGUUGUUCACGACUAAGACUGGAUUUAACUGGGACAAUCAAAAUAGGUUCAAGCUUCGUUUUUCGACAACAUCUUACAAUACUAAAACCAUUUUCCAUAUUACUCACUUUAAUGGUGAACAUAAUUACGAAUUAUUAACUAAUUAUCGACCUGCUAUCAGAGCAUCUAUAUUUGAUGCAAGGAAUUCCUCGCCAAUUCUUAUAAAUGAAAAAUUUGAUGAUUCACUCUAUGGAAUUUUUGUUGAUUGGACACUUGAACAUCCAGGUGAAUAUAUCCUACUAAUUGAAAGGUUUGAACUAGGUAAUGGACGAUGUGUUGUUGAAAUAGGUUCGAGCAAAAAGGUUCAUUUGAUGUAA